AUGCGAAGUAAGUACGAGAGCAAACGUUAUGAGAUUAGACUACGCAAUUACUAUCGGUGUAUGCAGCUGAGAGAUGAACAAGCCUCAACUUAUGCCAGGGUAACGGCAAUCACAGCGUUGCGAGAUGCGGAAGUGAAUUUACGAUGCUUCGACUGCUUGAGUCCAGAAGAGCAAAAUGAAGUGGAGGAAGUUUGGAAGCCGAACGAAUCAUUUUUGGGCAAGAAAACUCGCGUAAUCUACGAUCGGAUCAAAGAGGCACUUCUGGCUGCUGUCAAUGUUCACAAGAAAAGCGACCCUAAGGAAUGGGAUUAUUCAUGGGAAAAGGCAGAACUAACUCACAGUUGGAAAGGGGAUUGGUGGAACGUAAUAGGAAUUGAUGAUUCACUCUCAAUCGCCGAUAAAACUAUGGAAGUUUUACGGAGAAAGAUGCGUGGCGGCGGUAAACGACCUAAACUCGGUGAUCACUUUGAGUUGAGGCUUCCGGCGGUCACAAAACACGAAAUGGGAUGGUAUCGCUGUGUGAAGCGCUUGCACACUAACGACAGCGAUGACAGGAACGGUGAUAUCAUCCAGGUUGCGAAUAUGUACUUUGUGGAUGCAAUCUCGAAUAUCACCUCGAACGUCAGAUUUUUCGAGAAUCAAAAUGAAAGUGACCUUAUUGCGAGACGAAUGGAUCGGUCAUUCGUUGAGCUGAAGCUUCAAACUCGUGGCAUAAUCACGAACUGGAGUGAUUGCAGUCGAUGCGGUCCUAAAGGUGGUGAAACACGCCGAAAGAUCAAAUGUGUCCUAAUGGUGAGCAUUUUUCAUUCUNGGUCAUUCGUUGAGCUGAAGCUUCAAACUCGUGGCGUGAUCACAAAUUGGAGUGAUUGCAGUCGAUGCGGUCCUAAAGGUGGUGAAACACGCCGAAAGAUCAAAUGUGUCCUAAUGCCAUUGGAAAACGUAACAGCGGAAGAGCUCAACAACGGUCCAUUCUCGUACAUUCUGCUUUUUGGUGAAAUUCCUUGUCGCAGCUCGUUGGUACCACUGCAACUUCGACGAACGUUGUCUGCAAUUGAUGAUGUCGAUGAAAUUGCUAGCUGUCAAGUAAAAUGUGGCAAAGCAACAGCUGAGAGGCAACGAAUCAUCAAGGAAGUGAAUCAGUUCGGGCGUGAGACUAUUGUUGACGUUUUGCCACCGGGCGAAUAUACGCUCAACGAGAGACUUCCACCACUUAAAAAACCCGUGGAACGGCGGACAAUCAAGGUUGUCAGGGAAGCACCUGAAUUGUCUGACACAUCAAUUUCCACUCUAUUCAGUUCCCUUUCUGUUCAGCAUGAUCACUUAUAA